AUGGUUCUUAGAUUUUUCAAGAUGUCGUCGCUUGAACAGAGACUCUCCCGAAUCGAGGAGAAACUAAAACAGGAGAAUAAAGAAGCUCGGAGACGAAUCGACCUCAACAUCGACAUGAGUCCUCAGCGUUCGCGUCCGAGGCCAAUCAUCGUGAUCCAGCUCAGUCCUGCUCCAGCCCCUUCCCAGCGUGCAGCUCUGCAGCUCCCCCUGGCCAACGACGGAGGCAGCCGCUCCUCGUCAUCGGAGAACUCGCCCCAGCACCACUCCUACCCCAGCCGCCCUCGACACAUGCUGACCCUGCCCACACCCCCCUACAGCCUGCAGAAGAGUCUGGAGAAUGCGGAGAUUGACCAGAAGCUGCAGGAGAUCAUGAAGCAGACAGGAUACCUGAAGAUUGAUGGACAGCGGUACCCAGCGGAAGUGAGUGACCUGAUUAACGAGGAGGAGAUUGGCAGUGGCACCUGCGGCCAGGUCUUCAAAGUGCGCUUCAAGAAGACCGGACACGUCAUCGCCGUCAAGCAAAUGAGAAGGACGGGGAACAAGGAUGAGAACAAGAGGAUCCUGAUGGACCUGGACGUGGUUCUGAAGAGCCACGACUGCCCCUACAUCAUCCAGUGCUACGGCGCCAUAGUCACAAACACGGACGUGUUCAUCGCCAUGGAGCUGAUGGGAACGUGUGCGGAGAAGCUGAAGAAGCGGAUCCAGGGCCCCAUUCCCGAGCGCAUCCUGGGGAAGAUGACCGUGGCAAUAGUGAAGGCCCUGCUGUACCUGAAGGAGAAGCACGGCGUGAUCCACAGGGACGUCAAGCCCUCCAACAUCCUGCUGGACGCCAAGGGCCAGAUCAAGCUGUGUGACUUCGGCAUCAGCGGCCGACUCGUCGACUCCAAGGCCAAGACUCGCAGUGCGGGGUGCGCUGCGUACAUGGCUCCUGAGAGAAUAGACCCCCCAGACCCCAGCAAACCUGACUAUGACAUCAGAGCAGACGUGUGGAGUCUGGGCAUCUCUCUGGUGGAGCUGGCCACAGGGCAGUUCCCCUAUAAGAACUGUAAGACAGACUUCGAGGUCCUGACCAAAGUGCUUCAGGAGGACCCUCCCCUGCUCCCGCUCAGCAUGGGCUUCUCCCUCGACUUCCAGUCCUUCGUCAAAGACUGCCUCACAAAGGAUCACAGAAAAAGGCCAAAAUACCACAAGCUGCUCGAACACAGUUUCAUCCGGCGGUACGAGGUGCUGGAGGUGGACGUGGCGGGCUGGUUCCAGGGCGUGAUGGAGCGCACCGAGUCCCCACGGAGCAGCCAGUGUUACACCCAGCACCACCUCCACUCCCUCUUCAGCAGGUAGCCUCAGACAGGGAGAGAGAGAGAGAGAGCCCAUGACCUGGCCCACACCCAGACUGACUGAGGGAGGGAGGG